AUGAGAAAAGCCAUCAUACCACGGAAGAUCGGGGUCCCAUCCACCGGGUCACCCAUGGUACCUUCAGAGCAUGUCAUGGAUGUGCUUCAGCGAGAUCGAGAUGCUCUGGCGGUACUCCAUGCGGUCGAUGCAGCGUUCGAAACAGCUCUGAAUGAUGAACCUAUCAAAUAUGGAGGAGAGUCCCAGAAUCUACCUCUGACUGGUCAGUUCAGUCAACUGGUAUUCAGCAACUCUGGAAAUGGUGACUUCUUGUCCCAUGACAAGAAUGUCACUGCAACCACUUCAAUCGCCGGAUCAUCUCAUACUCAUGGUAAUGCUCAAUUCAGUAGCACGAGUCAGUAUGAGCAGACAGGCCCUUCGGUCGGAUAUUCCUCAAGUCAAGUAAUCGGGCUCAAUGUUCCUCCCGCGGGGGCCAACUUAAGUUCUUUGGACGCGGAUGGAAAUCACUUGAUGGGCCAUGGAGAUUUCCCUGGAUCGCAGACUUCGAAUCAGUAUCCCGGCGAUUUUUCAGAACAUGUUGCACAGUUUGAUUAUGGAUCCUUUGAUGAACCACUAAAUUGGAUACCACCAAGCAUCUAUCCAUCCCCAUAUGAUGCUGAACUUGAGCAAGACUUUUCAUUCAUUCUUCCCAGUCUAACUGAGGCUACUGACAUGGGGCAAGACUUUGCGAUGGCUCUACCUAUGGACGGAUCCUCUCAAUUCUAUCAACUUCCUCACAAUGCGUCACUCGAGUUAUCCCAUAAUCAUGACCUAGCUCCUCCGGCGCUCGGCCUGGAGCAGAGUCCAGCAUCGUCUACGAGUGAUGGUGCAUUGUUUAUGAACAAGUCCACAAACAGCGCCUCCAACCAUUCCGAUUCGAAGCGGAAGAGGCGCAAAUCUUCGUUUGUGCCAGACCUCUUCUCCAAACCCCGUGAAAGGCGGACGACUUAUGCGUUUCCUGGCGUGUCGGAGUACACAGUCACCACGUUCAAUUCAGCCACCCGCGAGUACUGCACACACGACGUGUACAAACUUCUGGAAGACUAUUUCCAAAUUCUAUGCCGACAGGAGACCCUCAUCAGAAACUCUUUCGAGACUUCGACGUUUCCAAGUCUUGCCAAUGUCAACAGUUGUGUUGCACUCUACUUUGAGCAUUUCCAUCACAAUUACCCCUUGGUUCACCAUUCGACAUUCGGGCCGCAAACAGAUUGGCUUCUGGUGCUUGCUGUAGCAGCAAUCGGGAGCAACUUUCUCAAAGUACAGCACACCGUAGAGAUCAGAGAUUCCUUCCAGGAAUUCUUGCGACGGGCAGUCUAUCAUUACGCCAACGGUUCGCUAGACAGCUCUCUGGAUGUUGCCUUCGCUCAAGCUCGAAUACUGAACCUCAUCAGUCUGACGCAGGCUGAUCGAGAACAACUCAGGGCCUUGGCGCCUCGGUACCAUGCAGAUCUUUCGCGCUGGUGUCUUGAGUCGGGGGUCUUGCAAAUAACGGAACCAUUUGAACUACUCAAUACCACUGAAGUUCGAAAUAACCAAACAACCCUCGCACGAUCAUGGGAUGCCUGGGUCAAGGUCGAGUCACUCCGUCGGAUUGGUUACAUGACGUGGAUGCUUGAUUGUUCACUUGGCUUCAUGGCCAAUGCGAGACCUUUAUGCAACAUGGACGACGCAAGAACGCCUCUACCUUGUUCCGAAAUGUUAUGGAACGCCUCUACCGCAGAUACCUGGUUUGAAGCGUUCCAAAAGGCCUCUCAGACACCGAGUCUCUGUGUGAGUGUGGAGACUCUGUACAGCAAGAAGAAAGUAGACCCUGCUUACAGUGAGCUUUCACAAGCCUUGUUGAUUCAUACCCUCUAUCAACGGACCUGGGAAGUCGGGACGCACAUCAAGCAGCCUCUAUCUGAAUGGGUACCCACAGGCAAAGCGAGAGGGUUCCUCAACACCCCUACGAAAGACAAUUUCUGGCUCCCCUUGUAUCCGUUAUAUGCGAACUGGAGAAACAGCGCUUGUGAUUGUCUUGAUGUCAUACAUUGGCAAGCUUCCAGUGCAGUCGCCAAGGCGUCCGGGAUUGAACAUGGAGUGAUACUUCAUCUCCACCUGGCACGGAUUGUGCUUCUCACUCCGUUUCAAGAGAUUCAAGAUCUACUGUUCUGCCUGAUUGGCAAAGUCGACAACUCUCCGAAAGCAUCCUUCUACGUCCACGAUGGUAGCUACCAGCCGCGCAACAGCACCAAGCUGCCUCAGAUCCGAAAGAUCAUAUGGCGAUGGUUGCGUGAAGAUCAGCACAAAGCACGGCUCGCCAUGGUCCACGCAGGCUCCGUGUUCUGGUACGUCCGGCGCUAUUCUUCAGCUAGUUUCUACGAGCCCAUUGCAGUAUACCUGGCCUCAUUGGUCCUCUGGACAUACGGAACAUAUCAGAGCGCCGCUCUGGAGCGCGAUGCGGCUAUGGCCUUGCAACGGCCAGAGGGGGGGCCUAGCGGCCCCGACGCCGAGGCAGUGGUACAACCCUCACGAAUGGAGAGGAAAGAGCAUCCCGUAAAAUUCAUGAGCAAAGCAGCCGCGAAUCUGGAGAACCCGCCUGCCCCAGCAGUCACCGACGACACGACGCCCUCAGACUCACACGGCGGCAGAGACAGUGUCAAGUCCCCAGUGGCCACAGACAAGGGCUCUGCUGCUCCCUCCCAACCACCCGCGCCACAGGCAAACGACUCCGACAGUGACGACGGCAACUUCUCGUCUUCCGACGAGCAACCCGAGUUCAUUCAUCUGGACCGGCCGUGCGACGAUGAGAUCGUGCAUCAUUACGUGCGAAAUGGACAUAACAUGUCCGGGCACAUGAGCAACGUUGGAGAUAUCUGCAAGGCGCCGCAAAAGGUGCUACUCGAGGGUGCCAAGUUGCUGAGGACGCGCCUGCCGUGUUGGGGUGUCAGUAGAGAGCAUCACGAUAUCUUGACGAAACUGGCUGAGUUGAGGAAAGCCGGCUGA